AAGAAUAGCAGCCUAUUCGAGUUUAAGAUACGCUGCUUCCGUUACCACACGCUUAAACCCUCCUCUAAUGGUAGAAGAAUUUGCAAAGGCCGAUGAAGCUCCCCGAGGUUUAUAACUCCAAGCUUCGGCUAUGGAUUCUUCGAUCCUUCCUCAUUCUAGGCUUUGCAUUCUUCGCCUGAGUCAUGUGGCGCUGUGCCGCCGGAUUGGUGCGAGGUUUCGGCGUUCGGCGGUUUUCAGAUGGCACUCGCCGUCGUAUCGAGGACGAGGGAGACUGGUUCUACGCCUCAGAAUGGUGGGGGAACGAUCACGACAGUGACGCCCACACUGUUUUCCGUUCGAUAUCUGAAAAGGGUAACGGCGUCGUCUCCGUUCUCACAUACCCUUCCUCCAGGCCCAAUGGGCUUCAUUGGCCAGGAACUGGACGGUGGCUUCAGCAAAGAUAUGCAGAGGUAUGCUCUGGUUGCAAGAAUGAGGGACGGUUUGGGAUUCUUGGAUAUCAAUGGCGUGUGCUCCGCUUCAAUGACAAUACUCGGCAAAGUACUGCCAAAGUAUUGGCUGCUUACCGUGAAUCAGAGCCCGAGUCAAUUUUUCUCAUGCAGCAGGCGCAUUGCUUGGCUGUUCCUUAUUUGAAGAGUAUGAUAUCAGUUGGGUUGACCACUAUAGCAUCUUGUGGUUAUGAUCUUUUGAAUGCCAUACGAGGAAAACAAAUUUUAAAUAUUUUAUGCAUUGGUCAUGGUGGUGGAAGCUUACCUCUGUUUUUAGCAAGUAAAAUUCAAGGUGCCAAUGUAGACAUAGUUGAAAUCGACCCUCUUGUUAUCUCAGCUUCAAUUCAAGCCAUGGGCUUCCCAGCUUUCUCAGUUAUGACAGCAUCAGGAGACCGUUCGUCUGGCAGACCUAGAUUCAUUGACGACAUCAUGUGGAAAGGCAUCCACGAAAGACUUUUCCUCUAUGAAUUAGAUGCAGAAGAUUUCAUCAGCAACACAACCAAUCUAUACGACAUGGUCUUCAUCGAUGCUUAUGAUGGAGACGAUAUAUUCCCUCACAAACUAUGGGAUCCAAAUUCCACAUUUCUUGAAGCUCUCACCAAGCGGGUUCAUCCUAAACAUGGGACUGUGGUGGUGAAUCUUCACUCGGAUUCCGAUAUUGUGGAACCAGAUGGCUCUGUCCCAUCUGUUCUUGAACAUAUAUUGCCAAUGGGAAAGUACGUAUCUCAAAUAGGCCGAGCAUACAUGGAUGUUUUGGUGGGAGAUGAAAGUUACGAGAAGAAUUCUGGUUUGGGAUUCACAGUGGCGGUUCCAUGGGUUUGCAAUACAUCUCUAGUUGUGUGCAAAGGUCUCGAGAUGAAUUGUGAAUAUCUUAAUCGAGAUUCAGUAAUGAACACACUGAUAUCCAAAUCCCUUGAAGUAGAACGUCUUCUAAAGCUGCCAUUUUCAUGCUUGGAGUAUAUUAAGAGAGGUUUUGUACUUCUUGAUUAAUUUUUUAAUUGUUCAACCAUCAGCUUUGGUAGAAAUUGAUACAAAGUUAUUCAUUUA